CCCGCCGGAAGUGACGCGCGGCGGGCGCGCCCCGGGCAUGGCGGCGGCGGAGCCCGGGAUGAAGCAGUUCAAUGGCGGCGGCGGCGCCGCGCCGGACGCGGAGCGCGGCCGCUUCCCGCACUGCGUGGUCUGGACCCCGAUCCCCGUCCUGACGUGGCUGUUCCCCAUCAUCGGCCACAUGGGCAUCUGCACCUCGGCCGGCGUCAUCCGUGACUUCGCGGGGCCCUACUUCGUGUCCGAAGACAACAUGGCAUUUGGGAAACCUGUGAAGUACUGGAAACUGGAUCCCAGCAAAGUCUUUGCCACCGGUGCCAACGCGUGGGAUACGGCCGUGCACGAUGCAUCUGAGGAGUACAAGCACCGCAUGCACAACCUUUGCUGUGACAACUGCCAUUCCCAUGUGGCUCUGGCCUUAAACUUGAUGAGAUACGAUAACAGCACCUCGUGGAACAUGGUGAAACUGUGCUUCUUCACACUGCUCUAUGGGAAAUAUGUCAGCAUAGGGGGGUUUGUGAAGACCUGGCUACCCUUUGUCCUCUUCCUGGGGGUGAUUGUGACCGUGGUUCUGACCCUGCACCUGCGGUGAUGGCAGCCCUACCCCCCUGAGCACACAGAGGAAGGAACUGGGACUGAUCCAGGGAUGGAGGCCUGGGGCUCUGAGAGCCUUUUCCAGGGCAGGUGACAGCCCCACUGCAUCGUGCCAGCUCAUCUCUGUCUCCUGGAGUUGGCUUCUUUUCCUCCUGUUCUGUUCUGUCAAUGGCAUCUCUCGGUGUCAGGGUUCUGGAAGCUUCUGCUCCCUCCCUUUCUGCAGCUGGGGAGGUGGGGAUGGGGUCAGGACACCAGAGGGAUGGGCACCUUUGCUUUCAGUGCCAAGAAAAGCCUCCAGGCAGGCUCUGCCUCCUGUAGUGGGACGAGCAGGUGCACCCUGGGAGGGUCUCUCUGAUCACCGGCUUUCCUCCUCUUCACCAGACGCUUCCUCCCGUUCCCUGGGUCUCCGGUCAGGAGCUGCUGUUUCCCCUGUGGCACAUCUUUCCAGAGGGAAGGCUGGGGUUCUUCCUGGGAGGAGGGGGUGCCCCAGCACUCAGUCAUGGCCCUAGCAGUGGCUCUUGAGGUGGGACACUCCUGAGGGACACUCUGGGCAGGGCCAGCUCCCCUGGUGCUGCUGGUGAGCCUGGAAAGGCAGGAAAGCCCAAGGGCUGCCUUGGGAAGGGCUCAUGGCAGGGUGCCCCCCUUCAGGAGCCUGCUGCAGCUUUGGGAGGCAGCCCCUUGUCCCUUUUAGCUUGUGCCAGAGAAAAUAGCAGUCCUCUGCUUUUCCUCGGGCUCUCAGUUGCUAAAUCUGGCGCUGCAGUCCUCACAAGGCUCUUGUUCCCCUUUGAUCCCUGUGCAGCUGGAGCAGAGAGGCCAAGCCUGGGGCUGGGAAACCUCAGUGGGAGCAGCACCUGAGCCCAGAGCUGAAAGGAGGGGCUGGAAGUUUCCUGUCUGGCUGGGCUUUGCAAGCUGAGGCAGUGGCUUUUUCCUGGCUGGUGGCUGAGGAAUGGUUUAGGGAGCUUUGGAGAGCACAGCUGGGCACAGGGGCUGUGCAGGGAUCGGUGUGAGGAGCACAGCUCGGGCAGGGUGGCUGUCCCUCAGUGCCAGGCAGGGAGGGGGUUUGGAUGUGACCUGCAGCUGGGUGUGCUCUGCAGGUGCUGAUUUUGGAGGGCUCUGAGCCCGGGGGAGUGCUAAAGCCAAGCCUGGGCUGCAGGGUCAUGUGCAGCUGAGCAGGUCCCUGCAGAGUGCAGAGAUGGGAGAAGAGCUUUUCCACCCACACCUGAAAAACCAGCUCAUUACUCCAGAACCUGGUGGGUUCCAAGGAAUCCAUUUUGAGGAGUGCUUGUGCCAGCAGGAAGGCUUUUCUGGGGUGCCAGCCAUGUCUGCAGCUUCCUCAGCCCUCUGGCUCUCAGACCCCUCCCCAUGUGCCUCUCCCCUUCCCCGACCCCUCCAGCCAUAGGAGGGUUGGACCCUCCUCCUGAGCUCGUCUCUGUGUUUUCCCCUCUUCCUCAGUCACUUUUAAGUCACCCCUUAUUCCUCCUGCUCAUCACUGUCCCUCUCUGACCCUGCUGUGCCCUUCCCCAGCAGCCUGGAGCUGGAGCAGCUCUGUGCAGUGGUUCCCUGCCUGUGGGGAGAGUGGGAUGGAGGCUGCUGAAGGAUGAAAUCCCAGUCAGAGAGAGCCUGGAUGGAAGGGUGGAGUGUGCUGAGCUCUGUUCUCUGCCCAGGGGCCGUGCCCAGCCGGGUGGGAGAGGGGAAUGAGCACUUUCCCUGUGUGUUGGGUUCUGUGUGACUCCUUGGGGUGCCCAGCCCGGGGCUGGAUCCCCCCUCAGCAAUAACCGUGUUUUAUCCAUGAGCUCUGCAAGAAUUGCCAAAGCUGGGACUUGGGGGAUGCCAGGGGGCCCUCAGACUUCCAAAUCCCCACUGCGAAAUUCCCUCUCGUUUGCUCCUGAUGCUUUUUAGCAGAGUGGAGUUUGGAAUGGCGAGGGCGAGCCCCCGUCCCUCAUCCUUUGUUCCCUUCAUCUCUGCGGGGCGCUGGGUUUCUUUGUAAAUAUUUAAACUCUGCUUCUGUGGUUUCAUAAUCCCGACGGCAGGGAAAUAAACUGAUUUCUGUGGA